AUGAAACAUCAAAAAAAGUUCAAACCAGCAAGAAAGCCAGCCAAACCUAAAGUGGAAAGUGUCCAGUUUGACGAAACUGCUCGCAAAGAUUUUCUUACUGGAUUUCACAGGCGAAAAGUAGAGCUGCAUAAGAAAAAGGUUGAAAAGGCUAAAAAUAGACAAAAGGAAGAAAAGAGAGAACACAGACGAGAGCGAUACAGUCGUCUGGCUGCUGUGAUGCCUAAGCUUGAGAUCAUCGACUCGAUUGGCCGCGGUAAAGCCUAUUCAGAUACUGCUUCGGAUUCAAAAGAUGCUGUCGAGUCAGUCUCGGUCAUUGCUGCUCCGAAAAAGGUCACUACUGUUACAGUGACAGAGCUGGACACGCAUAGUCUGAUUUAA